CCCACACUGCCAUCUGAAGUCCUGCACCCCAAGCUUCAGGUAUCGAUUUCUGACUUUUGAAGAUGGAUGAAGGCACAGAAGUUUCGACUGAUGGAAAUUCCUUGAUCAAGGCUGUGCAUCAGAGCCGGCUUCGCCUCACCAGACUUUUGCUAGAAGGAGGUGCCUACAUCAAUGAGAGCAAUGACCGUGGAGAAACACCUUUAAUGAUUGCUUGUAAGACCAAGCACAUCGACCAGCAGAGCGUCGGUAGAGCCAAGAUGGUUAAAUACCUUCUAGAGAACAGUGCUGACCCCAACAUCCAGGACAAAUCUGGGAAAAGCGCUCUGAUGCACGCAUGCUUAGAAAGAGCUGGCCCGGAGGUGGUUUCCUUGCUCCUCAAGAGUGGGGCGGACCUCAGCUUGCAGGACCAUUCUGGUUUUUCAGCUCUGGUUUAUGCUAUAAAUGCAGAAGACAGAGAUACCCUGAAAGUCCUUCUUAGUGCUUGCCAGGCUAAAGGGAAAGAGGUCAUCAUCAUAACGACAGCAAAGUCACCCUCUGGGAGGCACACCACUCAGCAGUACCUCAACAUGCCUCCUGCAGACAUGGAUGGGAGCCAUCCGCCAGUCACACCAUCAGAAAUUGACAUCAAAACUGCCUCGAUGCCACUCUCAUAUUCUUCGGAGACAGACCUGACACUUUUUGGUUUUAAAGAUAAGGAGUUUUCUGGAAACAGUGAUAAUACCUGGGACCCGGACUCUCCUCGACGGAAGUCUGUGAUGACCCCUAACGGGCCCAAGCUAUCCCAAGUUGGGCCAGCCUGGAUCAAGAAUCCCCCAUCAUUAAAGCACCAGGCCCGAGUGGCCUCCUUGCAAGAGGAGCUCCAAGAUAUCACACCAGAGGAAGAAAUAGCUUACAAGACCAACGCGCUGGCGCUGUCCAAGCGCUUUAUCACCAGGCAUCAGAGCAUCGAUGUUAAAGACACCGCACACUUGCUCAGGGCCUUUGACCAGGUCAACUCAAGGAAGACGUCAUAUGAUGAACUAAAUUACCACUCUUUGUUUCCGGAAGGAAACCAGCCAUGCACGGAAGUUCCCGCGGACCAGGACCCAGACCCUAACCAGACCCUCUUCGCCUCCACUUUAAGAAGUAUAGUUCAAAAGCGAAACUCGGGGGCCAGUCACUACAGCUCCGAUUCUCAGCUCUCAGACGGUGUUCCGCCUCCGAACACAGAGGAAGGCAAAGCUGGAAAGAAAAAGAUCUUUGCGCCAUCUCCUUCCUUGCCCAAAGAAUUAAUGGAGACUGGCCCUCCGGGCCCCCUGAGCAGGAGGAACCACGCGGUUUUAGAAAGGCGGGGUUCUGGAGCGUUCCCCAUGGAUCACAGCCUCGGGCAGAGUAGACCCGGCUUUCUGCCGCCCUUAAAUGUAAAUCCUCACCCUCCUAUAACAGACGUCGGUGUCAACAGCAAGAUCUGCAGCCUGCUUUCUUGUGGCCAAAAAGCGCUUAUGCCAACUGUUCCUAGUUUCCCGAAGGAAUUCAAAAACAAAAAGAUGUUGUUAAGACGACAGUCUCUGCAGACAGAACAAAUUAAGCAGUUAGUAAAUUUUUAA